CUCUCAGAUCAAGGUAAAGUUUGAGGGAGAAAAACCAAAAGUUGCAAAUGUAGGAACUAGUCCCAUGCUCGAAUCGAGUUCAAUGCAAAUGCCAAUACCUCAGCAAAGACGUGGACUGAAAUUUAAUACUCUUGACGAGACUUUAGACCGCAAAACUGCUGGCAAGCAAGAAGAGUCCACCUGGUAUAGAGUAGCAAGCGGUUCAUAUCAUUUACCACCCUACAAGGGUUAUCCAACCUGCUGGAGUUAGAGAAAUCUAAGUAAUCUUUAUUUCAAAUGUCUUUCAUUUAAAACACACACACUCACACAUACACACACAUGAUACUAUUUGGCACUUGACAUGGCCACAAAAUUAUAUUAUGUUCUGUGAAGAGCCGAAAGAAGUGCCGGAAAAACGCAUUUGUCGAUGUAAACAUUGUAUUUUUCGUAACCCCGACACUGUCCCUUGGCCGGAGGCCCUUAAUAACGAAAUGGCGGGCAAACAGAAAGAGCCUGUCAAGCCGAUAGAAGAAGAAAUUGAUCCGGAUCGCAGAUCGACUAUAGCGUCAAUGAUAAGUAUAACAACGAACGACGAAUUGGACAAGCCCAGAGGUACCUCCUUGAAAGGGUCAAGUCCUGCACCAGCGCACCAUCACCAUCACCAUCACCAGCAGCCGCCAACCAUUUUGCUCCUUGUGGUCAACAAACCACCUGAAGGUUAUCCAGGUCAAGUGGGAUGUCCAGGUCGGUGCAAUGCAGCGGGUCCACCUAAUUUGUACAAUCAGCCACCGCCCCCUGGAUAUGGUUAUGGUUACAAUCGUACUCGCUAUGACCCAAGCUAUCGGGAUAAUCGACCACCUUCCUUUGGGGCUGCAUAUCCAGACGAUGGACGUGGUCCGAGUCCCAAUAACUGGUAUCAAUAUGGCAAUGCACAUCCAGGGAAUUCACCUAAUGGUGGCAAUGGACAACCUAAUCAGGUUAGAACACCGGAUAAUUACUGUCGUUGUUUGCCAACAGGGGGAGCUUCACGGAAACGCUGUGGUUGCAAGGAUGAAGCAGCUGCCAAACGGAGGGUAUGCCAAUGUGAGGCACCACCUCCAACAUCGCCACCACCAGAGAAAGUUAUUACGCCAACGAGAACUCCACCGAGAAGUCCACCUCAAGAGGAGCUAGUGCCUCCAUUAGAGACAAAACAAAUGGGCGAAUAUCGCUGUGUCUCUGUGCCCGUAUGUAUAACUCAUGGAAAACCCGCUUGCUGUGACUGCUGCGAGUGUGAUGACCAGGACGACGAAGACUUGGAAGAGCAGGUUUCUACCUGCUGUUGCAAUAAUCUGGAGAAAUGCAUAUGUUUGGGACCACAAGGACGUCAGAAGCCACCUGCGUGUGAGUGCAAUAUGACGGAAUUGGAGCGUCAUUUGCGUCAUCUUAUGCCCAAUAUGGAGUGCAUAUGCUUCCAGGAGAAACCGAAAAAGAAACGCAAGAAAAGGAAGCCACCGCCGCCACGAAAGAUCUAUGACCGUUUCGCCAAUCCACCAUAUGUGCUUGAGCCAAAGUCCUGCUGCCUGAACCGCUGCCGGACAGUCUGCUGCCAACCCGUGGGCAAUUCCUGCUACACUCAAUCCUACGGUGGUGGAUGCAGUCCCUGGUGAAGACUCUACAUUCUCACAGCAUUCACAUUUUAUAAUUCUCAAAUAGAAAAUGAAAAUGUAAAUAUCCAUAGCCCAUCUAAAAA